UCGGAAGGCGUGGCCUGAAGGCGUCGCGAGGCCGGGCCGGGGCCCCGUCGGAGUCGGGGAGUCGCAUUCAAAAUGGCGGCGUGCGGACGUGUCCCGGGCCUCCGCCGCCUCCUCUUCCUCGUCUUCGUGGGCCUCGGGGCGGCAGGGGCCCAGCAAGGCGGCGGCGGAGGCGGCGGAGGAGGAGGCGGAGUGGGGUUCCCCGGGCAGCCGCCUCAGCAGGCCUUGGGGGCCCAGCAGCAGCAACAGCAGCAGCCGCCCCCUCAGCAGCCCCCGGGCGGAGUAGGCCCCGGUCGGGGCUCCAGAAGCGGCGGCGCGUCUUCGUCGGGCGGAGGCUGGAAGCUGUCGGAGGAGGCGGUGUGCCGCGAGGACGUGUCCCGCGUCUGCCCCAAACACACCUGGGCCAACAACCUCGCCGUCCUCGAGUGCCUCCAGGACGUCAGGGAGCCGGACAAUGAAAUUUCGUCGGACUGCAACCAUCUAUUGUGGAACUACAAGCUGAACCUGACUGCAGAUCCGAAAUUUGAAACAGUGGCUCGAGAGGUUUGCAAAUCCACCAUAUCAGAGAUCAAAGAGUGUGCCGAUGAGCCAAUUGGAAAAGGUUACCUGGUGUCCUGCUUGGUAGACCAUAGAGGAAACAUCACAGAAUACCAGUGUCACCAGUACAUUACCAAAAUGACAGCUGUAAUUUUCAGCGAUUACCGCCUGAUCUGUGGCUUCAUGGAUGACUGUAGGAAUGAUAUUAAUAUCCUGAAAUGUGGCAGCAUCCAUCCUGGCGAAAAGGAUGCCCAUUCUCAAGGAGAAGUGGUGGCUUGCCUGGAAAAAGGCCUGGUGAAGGAGGCAGAAGAAACUGAGCCCCGAAUAAAAGUCUCUGAUAUAUGCAAGAAGGCCAUUCUCCGUGUUGCUGAGCUCUCUUCAGAUGACUUCCACCUUGACCGGCAUCUUUACUUUGCGUGCCGGGAUGACAGGGAACGCUUCUGUGAAAACACUCAAGCUGGAGAAGGAAGAGUAUACAAGUGUCUCUUCAAUCACAAAUUUGAAGAGGCUAUGAGUGAAAAGUGUCGCGAUGCGUUGACAACACGGCAAAAACUGAUUGCACAAGAUUACAAGGUCAGCUACUCCUUGGCCAAGUCCUGCAAAAGUGACCUGAAGAAGUACCGUUGUAACGUAGAGAACCUUCCUCGUUCCCGGGAGGCCCGGCUCUCCUAUCUGCUCAUGUGUUUGGAAUCUGCUGUGCACAGAGGUCGGCAGGUGAGCAGCGAAUGCCAGGGAGAAAUGCUAGAUUACCGACGCAUGUUGAUGGAAGACUUCUCACUGAGCCCCGAGAUCAUCCUCGGUUGCCGCACUGAGAUUGAGCACCAUUGCUCGGGGCUGCAUCGGAAGGGUCGUACUCUCCAUUGCCUAAUGAAAGUUGUUCGAGGAGAGAAGGGGAGCUUAGGAGUCAACUGCCAGCAGUCGCUUCAAACGCUUAUCCAAGAGGCAGACCCAGGUGCUGAUUACCGCAUCGACAGAGCUUUGAAUGAAGCAUGCGAAUCAGUGAUACAGACAGCCUGCAAACACAUCCGGGCUGGAGACCCCAUGAUUCUCUCUUGCCUUAUGGAACACUUGUACACAGAGAAGAUGGUGGAGGAUUGUGAGCACAGGCUCCUUGAACUUCAGUACUUUAUCUCACGGGAUUGGAAAUUGGAUCCUGUCCUCUACCGCAAGUGCCAGGGGGAUGCAUCACGACUUUGCCAUGCGCGUAGCUGGAACGAGACAAGUGAAGUUAUGCCUCCUGGUGCCGUCUUUUCCUGCCUGUACAGGCAUGCCUACCGCACAGAGGAACAGGGGAGGAGGCUCUCCAGAGAAUGCAGAGCAGAAGUACAGCGAAUUCUGCACCAGCGUGCCUUGGACGUGAAACUAGAUCCAGCUCUCCAGGACAAGUGCAUGAUAGAUCUGGGGAAGUGGUGCAGUGAGAAGACGGAGACAGGACAGGAACUAGAAUGUCUCCAGGACCAUUUAGAUGAUUUGGCAAUUGACUGCAGAGACAUAGUUGGAAACCUUACAGAGCUGGAAUCUGAGGAUAUCCAAAUAGAAGCCUUGUUGAUGCGGGCGUGUGAGCCAAUCAUUCAGACCUUCUGCCAUGAAAUGGCAGACAACCAAAUCGACUCAGGAGACCUCAUGGAGUGCCUCAUUCAGAACAAACACCAGAAGGAGAUGAACGAGAAGUGCGCCAUUGGAGUCACACACUUUCAGCUGGUUCAAAUGAAGGAUUUCCGAUUCUCUUACAAAUUCAAAAUGGCCUGCAAGGAGGAUGUGUUGAAGUUGUGCCCCAACAUCAAGAAAAAGGUGGAUGUGGUGAUUUGCCUGAGCACCACCGUGCGCAAUGACACACUGCAGGAUGCCAAGGAGCACCGAGUCUCUGUGAAGUGCCGCAAGCAGCUACGCGUGGAAGAGCUGGAAAUGACUGAGGAUAUCCGUUUGGAACCAGACCUUUAUGAGGCGUGUAAGACUGACAUCAAAAACUACUGUCAGAAUGUGCCCUACGGCAAUGCUCAGAUUAUUGAGUGUCUGAAGGAAAACAAGAAACAACUGAACACCCGCUGCCAUCAGAAAGUCUUCAAAUUACAGGAGACAGAGAUGAUGGAUCCAGAACUGGAUUAUACUCUUAUGCGUGUCUGCAAGCAGAUGAUUAAGAGAUUUUGUCCUGAGGCAGAUGCAAAGAACAUGCUGCAGUGUUUGAAACAGAACAAGAACAGUGAAGUGAUGGAUCCCAAAUGCAAACAAAUGAUCACCAAGCGCCAGAUUACACAGAACACAGAUUACCGCCUGAAUCCAGUUCUCAGGAAGGCCUGCAAAGCAGACAUCCCAAAAUUCUGUCAGAGCAUUUUGAGCAAGGCCAAGGAUGACUCGGAGCUGGAAGGGCAGGUCAUCUCCUGCCUGAAGCUGAAAUAUGCAGACCAGCGCCUCUCUCCAGACUGUGAAGACCAGAUUCGAGUGAUUAUUGAGGAAUCUGCCCUGGAUUAUCGGUUAGAUCCACAGUUGCAGAUGCACUGCUCAGAUGAGAUUGCCAGUUUAUGUGCAGAAGAAGCAGCAGCCCAGGAGCAGACGGGGCAAGUGGAAGAGUGUCUGAAAGUGAACCUGCUAAAAAUUAAAGCAGACAUGUGCAAAAAGGAGGUGCUGAACAUGCUGAAAGAGAGUAAAGCAGACAUCUUUGUAGACCCCGUCCUUCAUACGGCGUGUGCCCUUGACAUUAAACACCACUGUGCUGCUAUUCCACCAGGACGAGGGCGACAGAUGUCCUGCCUGAUGGAGGCCUUGGAAGACAAGCGUGUACGGUUACAGCCAGAGUGUAAGAAGCGCCUUAACGACCGGAUUGAAAUGUGGAGCUACGCUGCCAAGGUUGCUCCUGCAGAAGGCUUUUCGGAUCUUGCCAUGCAAGUGAUGACCUCUCCCUCCAAGAACUACAUCCUCUCGGUGAUCAGCGUGAGCAUCUGCGUCCUCUUCCUGAUCGGCCUGAUGUGUGGGCGCAUCACCAAGCGAGUGACACGAGAGCUGAAGGACAGAUUGACCAACACCGGCAUGUUUUGGGUUUGAGGGAAGCAACAGGCAUGCGCUCAGGAUAUGGCAGACGCAGCAGGAGCUCUCUGCCGAAUGCCCUUCCUGAAGCCUUUGAGAACUUGGCCCAAUGGAGAGACAGGAAACGGUAGCUUAUACAGCAAAGGUUGGCUGACUUUAGUCCCUUUUUAAAAAAUGUAACAUUAACAAGAGGGGUUUUUUUGUAAAUGUUUUUUUUUCCGUUCUGUGUACAAAAAAGAAACACUCAGCCAUCCUUUGUUUUUACCAUGUCCAUGCUGUGUAAUUUUGAAUUGUUACUGAUAACUGAACAUAAUGUGCAUUUUUUUUCUGUACAGAUGAAAUGGGAGAAUUUAAUAAAAAAGAGUCUGCAGGUU